ACGUUUUACUCCGCCCGGGACACCGAAAACCGCGUUUUUCUCUCGCAAAGACAAAUUCUAGUGUAAUCUAUCACACAUCUUCGUGAAGCGUAUUUGCGAACAGUGCAAAAAUCAAGUGUUUCGAUCCUGCAGCAGCAUUGUCAAAGCCAUCGUUUAGGCGUGGGUUCCGAGCUUGGGUUAGAGAACCAGGAGCAAACACAGAACGUGCGGCAUCUUGUGCUUGGUAGAUUCUGCGAUUCUUCCGAUUGGAUAGCGAAUUGCCUUAAUACCGGUGGUGCUGGCGAAAAGAUGAACGUCGAGGAAGAGGUGUUUCGCAUUCAGAAAAAGCUGGGCAAAAUGACUUCCCAGUCGGAUGGAUCGGGCCAAGAGCAAGCGCUUGAUUUGUUGCGCGAGCUGCAACGGUUAAAUAUUGAUCUGGAUAUACUGACGAAAACGCGCAUCGGCAUGACGGUGAACGAGUUGCGUAAGUGCAGCAAGGACGAUGAAGUGAUCAGCUUGGCCAAAUCGCUUAUCAAGAGCUGGAAACGUUUUCUCGCCGGUACGCCACCUUCGAAAGACGGUGCGAAGGAUUCGUCCAAGUCGUCCGGCAAAUCAUCGAGCAAAUCGAGCAGCAAAUCGUCCGACGGUGGCAGCACUGGUACAGGGGGCGGUGGAGCUAAUGGUGAGAAAGCAAACAGUGGAAGCGGUGGAGCUGGCGGUGUUGGUGGCAACAAGAAGGACUACGAUCGAGAGAAGGAAAGUAAAUCGAAAGCACCUCCCUCCGGCGGUAUGUCGUCGCAGUCCAGCAGCAAUACGACCGAUGCGGUGAGGUUGAAGUGUCGUGAAAUGUUGGCGAACGCGCUGCGCGUCGAUGGUGAACCGCCGGAGGGCUGUCAGUCACCGGAAGAGCUCGGUGAAGAGCUGGAGGAGGCCAUUUUUGUCGAGUUCAAAAAUACGGACAUGCGCUACAAGAACCGUGUUAGAUCGCGCGUCGCUAACCUAAAGGAUCCGAAGAAUCCGAGUCUACGGGCAAACUUCAUAAGCGGCGCUAUCACUGCCCAGCGGCUUGCCAAAAUGACCUCGGAGGAGAUGGCGAGCGAUGAGAUGAAGCAUUUGCGCGAUCGUUUCGUGAAGGAGGCGAUCAACGAUGCACAGUUGGCAACGGUGCAGGGCACCAAGACCGAUCUGCUCAAGUGUGGCAAGUGCAAGAAGCGCAACUGCACGUACAACCAGCUGCAGACGAGAAGCGCUGACGAACCUAUGACCACUUUCGUCAUGUGCAACGAGUGUGGCCACCGUUGGAAGUUCUGCUAGAAAGCUUGAUUCUGUUUUUGUGUUUUGGUUGAGAUGUGUCGAGCGUCUCACGAUCUACGGUUUCUUAACACUUCGGAUAAGAACAAUCGCGACUCGUGUGUUUGUGUGUUAAGACGAAUCAUCGCUGAUUUGCAUCAGCUGUUUUUUGCAAUCACCGUGUGUGUUGCGAGUGUUGAUGACUACUAUUUUCCUCUAACUACCUGUAUAGUUAGAUGGUAAGCUCGGUUUUAUGAAAUUAUGCUUACAGAGAAAUAUGGGAAAAGGCAAUGAGACACAUUGGCGUUAAAAUGUGGUUUUACAUACGUAGCAAAGCUUAUGGCGCACGGGCGCAUAAGUUCGCUAUACGAUUAAUUUAAACGUACGUUCAAUUACGCAAAUAGAGUUAAUUGUUAGUUUCCAGACCCGUAUGGUAUUAGGUUUAUAAUUUUUCUGCGAAAUUAACAAAGAAUAAUACGCAGGUUUUGGAAUCGUUUUUAACGUUGAAAACUUCAAUGCACUUUAAAACAUUUUAUCAGUAGAAUUUGUGCUCCCCUUUACGUAUGUUUUGUUCAAGAGGCAGACAACAUCGUGGAAGAAAUCGGUGGUUCAAUGUCGUCGUACUACAUAGAAGGUAGAAUUACUAUGAAUGUAUUUGCGUUUCUCUUCGAGAAGAGAUGUCCCCGUUUUAAGUAAAAAUCCGGUCAAAUAUCAAACAAAUAAGCACCUCUACAUAAACCGAUUUGAAACAGAAAACAAUCUAAAACAAGUAAAAAGCCGUGAGAAAGGUUAGCGAUCUCAAAAGCAUCUGGUAAGGAUGUAUAUGGCUAACGGUCUUUCUCGUUGUAAGCUGAUAAUUGAGGGAUAGCAAAAGCAGAAUGUGUUCCCGUUUUUACGGAACCUGUCAUACAAAAUCACAAUUCUUAGGUUAGGAAAGGCAAAUGAGUGUGUGUGUGUGUGUGUAUGUGCAUGAUCGAGCCGCGCAUUGCAAAUUGCACUGUAGCACUUAGCAAUUAGUAGGGAAUACUAAAGAAAAUCGUAAAUGUAAUUGUGUAUAUAAGUAAAAUGUAAUGUUGCGUCACGUUUUGCUAGAUAAAACAGCGUGUGCAUUGUGAGGUAGCUUGCGUAUGCGUGUGUUGUGUAUGAAAAUGCUGAAACAUCGGGUUUCACUUGCCGUGCACCCGGUGGCAGGCAACAAUGAUCCGAACGUAGACAAUCGUAUCACGAAAAAAGAAACAUUGGGAAAGAUUAUUGUUAAGGCAGCGUAACAAAAAGUGAAUUGGCUUUAAUUUACAUGUUAGAUUCCGUUCCUUUUCUUUCAUUAGUAAUAAACAUUGUGUAAAGAUGCUCCCUA